AUGUCGCAACAAAAUGACGAGGUCUUUCGAAAUAUGCCUAUCGAAGAAGAGGAUAGCGGGUUCUCUAGUAGUAAUGCCAGCGCUACGAUUCCUUCAUUUAUUUCAGACAGCAGCAGUGAAGCGGAAGAAGAAUCGAGACCGGAUAGCCGGAAUGCCCGCUGGGAACCAGCCAGGAGUUCUGAGGUGAAUAAUAACAGAUUCAGAAUCAAUAGGAACGACAUGGCCCGGCAUCUUGAGCGCUUUAGGUUGUCUGUCCGGCUCACCAGCGACGACGCUUGGACAGCAAGUACGAAGACGGAAACUGUUCCCACAAUCAAAUCUGAGGAUGGAUCCACAUAG